AUGGUUUACCGUACGAAUUCAGUAUGGAGCAGGAGUAGGGCUUGGCAGUUAUGGUGGGUCUUUCUCUUGGAGAGCAAAAAUUUUAUAAAGGGUGGAAUUGCGCAGGAUUUGCGUACUGAUGGUCGUAAGCGAUUAACUUUCCGGCCCAUCUCUGUGGAAACUGGUGUCAUUCCUCAGGCAAGUGGCUCAGCAAGAGUGAAGCUUGGGGCAACAGACGUUAUUGCAAGUGUGAAGGCUGAGCUUGGAAAGCCAAGUGCAUCUCAUCCUGAUAAAGGGAAAGUUUCUAUAUAUGUAGAUUGCAGCCCGACGGCUGAGCCAACUUUUGAGGGCAGAGGGGGUGAGGAAUUAGCUACUGAGCUCUCAUCCGCACUUCAAAAGUGUCUUUUGGGAGGUAAAAGUGGAGAAGGAGCUGGGAUUGAUCGCUCAUCUCUAUCCAUUGUUGAAGGAAAGAUCUGUUGGGAUCUGUAUAUAGAUGGUCUCGUUGUUAGCUCAGAUGGUAAUUUACUCGAUGCCCUCGGAGCAGCCAUCAAGGCAGCCCUAAGCAAUACAGCUAUUCCAAAAGUCCAAGUUGCUGCUAAUGCCCCUUCUGAUGAGCAGCCGGAAGUUGAUGUGAGUGACGAGGAAUUUCUACAAUUUGACACAUCUGGGGUUCCUAUUUUAAUUACUUUAACCAAGGUUGGGAGGCAUUACAUUGUUGAUGCAACUACAGAGGAGGAAUCCCAAAUGAGUUGGGCUAUCUCGGUCUCUAUAAAUAGGAAAGGACAGAUAUGUGGGCUGACGAAAAGAGGAGGUGCGAGCCUCGACCCAAGUGUCAUACUGGACAUGAUAUCUGUUGCUAAACAUGUGAGUGGGCAGUUGAUGAACAAAUUGGAUUCGGAAAUAGCUGCAACCGAGGCUUGUGAUGAUGAGGAUGAUGACAUGGAGUCUUAA